UCCAUGCUAUGUCCAAAGCGCUGCACCUGCCAGAACCUGCUGCCAUCCUACACAGUGCUUUGUGCCAAGACGGGCCUCCUCUUCGUCCCGCCCAACAUUGACCGUCAGACGGCCGAGCUCCGGCUGAUGGACAACUUCAUCACCACACUGAGGCACCGGGACUUUGCCAACAUGUCCAGCCUGAUCCACCUCACGCUGAGCAGAAACACCAUCAGCCAGAUCCGUCCGUACACAUUCGCUGACCUCCAGGACCUCCACGCCCUCCACCUGGACGCCAACCGCCUCACCGUCCUGGACGACUCGCACUUCCAGGGGCUGGUGAACCUGAGGCACCUCAUCCUGGCCAACAACCAGCUGCACAGCAUCUCAGAGGGAGCCUUCCAGGACUUCCUGGAGACUCUGGAGGACUUGGAUCUGAGCUACAACAACCUGGUGGACAUCCCCUGGGAGACCAUCGCUCUUCUGGUCAGCGUCAACACUCUCAGCCUGGACCACAACCUCAUCGAGAGCGUUCCUGAAGGAAUCUUCUCCAACCUGCACAAGCUGGCCAGACUGGACAUGACGUCCAACAAGCUGAAGAAAAUCCCUCCGGACCCGUUGUUCCUGCGGAUCCCGGUGUAUGCCAAAAUGAAGGGCUCUCCGCUCACGGCACUGGUGUUGAGUUUUGGUGGGAACCCUCUUCAUUGUAACUGUGAGCUGGUGUGGCUUCGCAGACUGACCAGAGAGGAUGACCUGGAGACCUGCGCUUCGCCCAAAGACCUGGCUGGCAAAUACUUCUGGACCAUACGAGAGGAGGAGUUUGUGUGUGAACCCCCGAUGAUAACUCGCCACACCUCCAAGAUGUUUGUGAUGGAGGGUCAGGAGGUCAGUCUGCGCUGUAAGUCCAUCGGGGAUCCCGAGCCUUCGACACACUGGGUCAGCCCUGAUGGGAAGCUGAUCGGAAACACUUCCAGAACCAUCUGCUAUGAGAACGGUUCGCUCGACAUCCUCAAGGCGUCUGUUAAGGAUUCUGGAAAGUUCACAUGUAUUGCAUCUAACGCUGCUGGCGAGGCCACUGCUCCUGUAGAGUUGGUCGUCAACCCUUCCCCGCACUUUGACCCAAAACUAGACCCUGACCCGGGACCUUCAGACAUCCCCACGUCCAUUAAAUCCAACAUCAGUGGAGGCCAGGCCCGGUCCGACCAGCAGAGAGUCAGCGUGUCAGAGCUAACAUCGAGCUCUGUCACCAUCAGAUGGCCGCCUCAGAACCACAUACCAGGAGUCCGCAUGUAUCAGAUCCAGUACAACAGUUCUACUGAUGAUAUACUCAUCUACAGGAUGAUCCCAGCCAACCAUAAAUACUUCCAGCUGAGUGACCUGGCGUCGUCUCGGGAUUACGAGCUGUGUGUUUUGGCUGUGUACGAUGAUGGCAUCACCACCCUGACGGGCACCAAGCUGGUGGGUUGCGUUUCCUUCACCACCGACUCGGAGUAUGGGCGGUGCCACUCUAUACGAGACCAGUUUUUGGGCGGUACCAUGAUCAUCAUCAUCGGUGGGAUCAUCGUGGCCUCUGUGCUCGUCUUCAUCUUCAUCCUCCUGAUGAAGUACAAGCUGCACAGUAACCACUACAAGCAGAAAGCCGCUGCACGCCACGCCAACGUCUGCUCCCAGACCAAUGGAGGGGGAGGAGGGGGAGGGGGAGCCAGCAUCCUUGCUCUUCCUCCAUCUUCCUCCUCUGCAGGACACGGUGGAGGCAUGAAUAAAAACUCUCAACCAGCAUCGUCAACAGAAGGGAUGGGGGGAGCUUCUCUUCGAGGGACAACCGUAGUGGACUUAAAUCCCACUUGUGACGAAGACGCCAUCUCCCAAUAACAAAGAAGAAACUGUCAAUCAAACCUAAACAGUCUCAAAGCCCAAACCAAUACUCCACCUCCCUCCUGUUUUUUUAAGUUUUUUUUUACUACAUUUUUGUUGCCGGUGCCUGGAGCCAAACUCCACUUUCCUCCGAGGAGCAGCUCCUGUCAUUGAUUUCCUUGCAUUAAGAUUCACAGCACUGGAGGGAGAAGAGGCGGAAAAGGUGCCUUGUGGGUAAUACAGUCGCCUCCAUGUUGAGAGCCCGGAUGAUCAGGUAUUUGACCCACAGACACACCCUACCCUCAGACGCCACUUCGUCCGAUAACCGGAUGGGAUGAGAACAUCCUGCGGGCAGCCAGAGGAGGAUUUUCAUCCUACCUGUUGACAUGCAGAAGUCUCCAGGCCGCAGGGACGGACUACUC